AAUACAGACGUAAUGGUUUUGUUAUUAAUGGUUCUACAUUCGUUAUUCGUUUUAAAUUCUGCAACUGCUAGACAGCCACACGUUUACAUAAAAGGAAAAGUUGGUGAUUACUUGAAGAAUACCGACUGGAAGCAAGUUAAGGCACAGGCCUCCAUAAGCGGACCUGUCAUUCUAGAUGUUCACAAGCAGUAUAUCCUAAACAAAGGACUUGUCUAUUCAAAUAUUUAUAGACCAAGAGAUUGCUCCAUCAUUUUGAAAUUCUCGAAAACAAAGUUGAAAAGUGGUGUAUACACGAUUUACCCUGACCUCAGAUCAUCAACCAAAGCUUACUGUGACAUGGUCACCGAGGGAGGGGGAUGGACGGUUAUCCAAAAUCGUUAUGACGGAAACACUACCUUUGACCGGAAAUGGAAUGACUACAAAGCUGGUUUUGGUAAUCCAUCUAAAGAAUAUUGGAUAGGAAAUGAUAAUCUCCAUGCUCUGACCCAGCACGGUAACCAGGUUCUCCGAGUGGAUCUUCAGAAGUUCUCAGGAGAUCGUGGUCAUGGUAAAUUUUACAACUUCGUCGUUGGAAGCGAGGCUAAAAAGUACAAGCUUUCGGUAGAAGGGUACAUUGGAAAUAUCGGGGACGGUUUGAAAUAUCACAACGGAGCAUAUUUCAGCACUAAAGAUGUUGACAAUGAUGAGUCUGACUCUCAUUGUGCGAAAUCUUGGAGCGGAGCCUGGUGGUACAAAAGUUGUCUGCAUUCCAACCUCAAUGGAAUCUUUUCGAAAACAGAGAAAUCUGGAGCCCAAUACAUGAACUGGUUCCAGUUCACAAAAGCCAACAAGGCUUUGAAAACGGCAAGAAUGAUGAUAAGAAGGAAAAUGUGAGGAAAUAUGGCUUUAGCGCAAUAAAGAGAGUGUUGAGUCUUC